AAGUUAGUUUGUGGAUAACAAUGUUGAUAACGGUAAAGGAAGCUUACGCUUCUUCUCCCCUCUGUUUCUGGCUAAAUCGUCUCAAGGCAAAACACUCUAAAGCACUCAAAACUUCAAUUUGCCAAGCCAGUUUCUCUGUCCAGAGAAGACCUGUCAUGACCACCCACUCAUGGUAUCCUGGGCAUGUUUCUACCAGCAGCAAUGAGGUAGCAAUUUUUGAUCCCUUGGGUAUUAACUCAGAUUUAAAUUCUGCUCUAAAUUCUACCUGCAAAAAUCUGGUGAGCUUGUUUUCACAAACAUUUGAGAGUGCUUCAAGAACAGAAAAGGAAAAGCCUAACCCUUCUCGAGGAGUAGCAGCUGCAAUAGAGGAUAGUUCAAUUGAUUUUGGUGACUUCUUUAAAGGUCCACUGCCAGGAAAGUUUCUCAAGCUUUUAGGGUUUCUCGCCUUGUCUCGGCUUGGUGUGUACAUACCUCUAGGUGGAGUUAAUAGAGAGGCUUUUGUUGGAAAUUUGGAUCAGAACAGUUUAUUAAGCACUCUGGACUCAUUUUCUGGAGGAGGUAUUGGUAGACUUGGGAUAUGUUCCCUUGGGAUCGUUCCCUUCAUCAAUGCACAGAUUGUUUUCCAGCUUCUAGCACAAAUAUAUCCCAAGUUGCAAGAUCUUCAGAAAAGAGAAGGUGAGGCUGGAAGAAAGAAAGUUCUUCAGUACACUCGAUAUGCUUCAGUUGGAUUUGCCAUUGUACAGGCAAUUGGCCAAGUUCUUUACCUACGUCCCUAUGUCCACGACUAUACUGUAGAGUGGGUUCUUUCUUCUGUUAUCUUAUUGACUCUUGGCUCUGUGUUUACAACUUACAUCGGUGAACGAAUUACAGACCUAAAACUUGGGAAUGGCACCUCUCUUUUGAUAUUCACGAACAUUAUCUCGUACUUGCCGGCUUCUUUUGGUAGGACAUUUGCACAAGCAUUUAACGAUGCUAACUACAUUGGACUUGUUACCAUCAUUGUGUCCUUCUUUCUGUUGGUAGUUGGUAUUGUCUAUGUUCAGGAAGCAGAGAGAAAAAUUCCUCUUAACUAUGCUUCUAGACUCACCAACAGAAGUAGAGGACUUGAAAAAUCUGCUUACCUACCCUUUAAGGUAAAUAGUUCUGGAGUAAUGCCCAUCAUAUUUUCUACAUCAUCAUUGGCUCUUCCUGGUACUUUGGCACGAUUCACUGGGUUAAGUGCGCUAAAGAAAGCUGCAUUAGCUUUGAAUCCAGGGGGUUCCUUCUAUCUUCCUUUUAACAUACUUUUGAUAGCCUUCUUCAACUACUAUUACACUUUCCUACAACUGGACCCUGAUGAUAUGAGUGAACAAUUGAAACGCCAAGGUGCUUCAAUUCCACUUGUCAGACCAGGCAGAAGCACAGCUACAUUUAUCAAAACAGUACUUAGUCGAAUAUCAGUUCUGGGUUCAACAUUUUUGGCUAUCUUGGCUGCUGGUCCAGCUAUUGUUGAGCAGACAACACACUUGACUGCAUUCCGGGGAUUUGCCGGAACAUCUAUUCUUAUACUUGUUGGUUGUGCAACAGACACAGCUAGAAAAGUUCAAGCUGAGAUUAUAUCCCAAAAGUACAAGAACAUAGAAUUCUAUGACUUUGAUAAGUAUUGAUCAUGAAACGAUUGCUGGUUUUAAAAACUUGAUGUGCAGCUAUAUAAUUCUCCUAAAAGGGAUGUUCUCGAAUGAGUCGAAAAGUCUCAGUUAUCUGUAUUAGCAUUACGCGUCCAUUUUAUAUCGGCCUGUAAAUAAUGCUGUUGAGCAGCGAUUUAUUUUAUUUGUUGUUCAAAAGACGAAUUGGAAAAUCCAUCCAGUUUUUCGUGUGGUAACUGGUUUAUCAAUCAAAGGAAAUGUAUACAAAGGGGGGCAACUUAUUGCAGCCCAGUUUUUACAGUGAUUUUUAUUUUA